UUGUAUGAUUGACACCGGCGCCAUUUUGCUCCUGCUUGCUCUGCCUCCAUUGUGUGAGAGACAGAUAGUAAAUAUCGGACAUAGCCGCAGAACCACAACACACCGAAAGGCUGUGAAGCUAAAGUUGAAAACUCGGCGCCGGUGAUAAUUUGUCCUGAUGGCUCGUACCAAGCAGACGGCUCGUAAGUCCACUGGAGGAAAAGCUCCUCGUAAGCAGCUGGCCACCAAGGCUGCCCGCAAGAGCGCGCCCUCCACCGGUGGAGUCAAGAAGCCGCAUCGCUACAGGCCCGGUACCGUGGCUCUCAGGGAAAUCCGUCGGUACCAGAAAUCCACUGAGCUGCUGAUCCGUAAGCUGCCCUUCCAGCGCCUGGUGAGGGAGAUCGCUCAGGACUUCAAGACCGACCUGCGUUUCCAGAGCGCCGCCAUCGGAGCGCUGCAGGAGGCCAGCGAGGCCUACCUGGUGGGGCUGUUCGAGGACACCAACCUGUGCGCCAUCCACGCCAAGCGCGUCACCAUCAUGCCCAAAGACAUCCAGCUGGCACGCCGCAUCCGCGGAGAGCGAGCUUAGACGCCUCCUGAUGCUUAUUGUCCUGUUUUUGCCCCCCCACCCCCCAGUAGACAUUAGGCUGAUAAUGAGCAGAUAGAACCAUGUUGAGUCGGUCUCUCCUAGAGGUUUUUUUCGUCUUUGUAGGCUACCUUUUCUGUGCAUGUUUUGUGGAUCCGAUACACAUGUGCGCAUAUCUGAUGUGUGUCACUGGAUUUAACUGUGCUUCCUAACGUGGAGCCCCCCCCCCCCUCACUGAACUCACCUGUUUGGUCUCAGUCUGCAGCAAACAGAGUUGAAUCCAGGGGGGCUGGGCUGAGGGGCUAGUCUGCUUAAGGGGAGCUGCAACUUCCACAGCAGGGUGCUAUUAAAACUAGUCCCGAGGCCUCUGACCCCCCCACCCCCCCUAAACCCCUGGGAGCGGGUGGACUGCUGCUCUGUUUCUGUGAUCCUCCAAACCAACUGUACUCCACUAUCAACCAUCUCUGGGUUUGCUUAAAACGAUGUAAUCAUGAAUUUUUUUUUAGUCUUUUACUCCUAAAAUUCUCAGUUUUACAGAGUUUGUCUCAUUUUACCACUUUCUAAAUAUUUAAAAGAGAAAAAUCAGUUCAGAUCUGCAGGGCUUCAUGUCAAAAACUGCAGGAUUUCUAAAGCAGCUUCUGAGUUUUUCCCCAUAAAACCUUUACUCCUAUUUUGACCACACGGGGGCGCCAGAUCUCCACCACCCUCCCCGUUCAGUGGGUCAGGGUGAUGCUGAUGCUGCUGCAGGUGGUUUCUCCAUCCAUCAGCUUUCAGAUGGACUUAGUGAAUUUUUUUUUUUUCUCAGCAUGUUUUGGGUUUUCGUCUCUCCUGAUGUCUCUGAACAAACAAACUGUCCCUUUCCUCAAAAUUCUGAUGCAGAAAAUAACCUCAUAAUUGUUUUGUUUUAUAUUUUUCUUAUUCCUUGAGAUUUUCUGACGUAUAAAUAAGCUGAUCUUUGUAUUUUCCAAAUUUCUCAUAUUACGGUGGUAAUAAAUAGAUGUUAAAACGA